CCCCCCCCCUACUGUUUUCGAAUAGAUGCGCCUCGCCAUCGCCACGAUCACCACGCUUCUCCCCAUUGCAAUGGGUGAAGCAGCACCACCCAAGCAUAAGAUGUUCGAUAAGCAGAUACACCGGCUCUACCUGGGCAACUACGAUGGGAACAUCCAAGCCUUCACCUUCACCCCUCCUUCCACGCUUGUCCCCGAUGCAGCGAUCCCUGUCAAUGCAGCCGGCAGCUCUCCCUCCUGGCUCGCAUUCGCGACCGACGGCGGAGAGCGAACCAAGUACGUCUACUCGGUCGACGAGGACGUACCCGGACGCGUCUUUGCACAUGUCGUCACCGACGACAAGACCGGCGUCCUGAGAAAGAUCGGCACGGACCAGCAGAUCAAAUACGGCAGCUACCCUGGCGGCGACGGCCCCGUUGCCCUUGCGCUUACCGGCCAGCAGGGCGCAGGCGAAAAGUGCUUGUUUGUAGCUAACUACAACAACGGCUCGGUCGGCGUCUUCAGGCUGGCACCCGACGGCAGCAUUGCCUCCACAGACGCUGCGGCGCCCUCGACGGUGAAGCACUUCCAGUUCCAGCGUCCUGCCUCCUCUCCUGUCGGGCCCGUCAGCUCGCGGCAGGACCAUAGCUACGCGCACGAGGUUGUCACCUCGCCUACUGGCCGCUUUGUCUACGUCCCCGACCUUGGCGCGGACCAGAUCCACUGCUUGAAGCUCGACCCGUUCUCUUGCGAGCAAACCAAUUUGGUUGGUAGCACCGACGUACCCGCCGGCAGCGGGCCGCGGCACAUUGCUUUCUACCCGCCGGGGCAGAGUACGGUCGGUGGCCAGUGCCACAGGCACCCUCAGCCGCCCGAGGGAGGGAAGACAUACGCGUACCUCGCGUCAGAGCUCGCCUGCUCGCUCACCGCUUUUGCCGUCGAUGAGGAGAGCAGCAAGCUGACACAGAUAGGCGAACCGGUCCUUGCUGUGCCUCCGGGCACGCCGCUGGGCGGCACGCCGACUGAGGGCCCGCAGCGCACUGUCGCAGAGGUCGCCGUCUCGCCCGACGGGCGCUUUGUCUACGUCAGCGACCGCGGCGAUGAAACGGAGGACCACAUCACCAUCUUUUCGCGCGACGCGCACACGGGCGCCAUCGCCUUCCUCAAGUGGGUGCCCUCCGGCGGGCUCAACGUGCGCCACUUCAGCCUCUCGCUCGAUCCCGAAGCCCAGUACGCUGCUGUCGGCCACCAGGCCACGGGCAACGCUGUCAUCUUCAAGCGUGACCUGCUCACCGGAGACCUCGCCAAGACUGGCGCAGAGUACGCUAACUUCCCCAACCUUGCCUUCACGGGGUUCGCUCCAUGAGGCGGUGAGCGGGGGCAGGCAUGUGUGGCGGUAGUUCUCGCUUGUUCGCUUUGUUGCUUUUUCUCAACAAGCAGCAGACGCAAGAUGUUCGGUCAAAAUGGCAUGGCAAAUGUAUACGUAGUGCUAUUGUUUUCGAAAACGCUGGCUUUUGCACAGUCU